AUGUGCGGACACAAUAGCCGCAUUCUCAUGGACUCAGUCCCGCAUGAGCGAGGUCCUCGCAAACCAAAACUGCAGGCUGGCGUUAUGGGAGUGCUGCCCCCACCACAGCUCAACCAUGCACACAAGCCUCAUCCCCUGAAACUGUCUCCACCUUCGCCCUACACACCACUGCCACAACCAUUCAAUUUUCAGUUCAAUAUAACUGGAUUGAGUGAGCCAGCUCCACUCAGCACAGCGUCAUCGGCUGGAUCAAGCGGUGCCGGUGGACCAGGAGCAUCAAGCCCACUGCCGCUUAUACCGGACCCAUUCCUGGCGCCGCCACCACCAGGCCUCUUGCAUAUAUUGAUGUCUACGGAUAAAUGCCAGUUAGAUGUAAGUAUCAUUGUUAUAUUCUCCGCCCAGGAGCUGAUGUGGAGCGCUAAACAACUGCAAUUACAAGGUGAUCCGACCUUGUUACGACCACCGCCCAGCGCAUUUGGAGCACCGCUGGCUCCUACAUGGGAAUUGUUGCAAGAAACUAGUGCUCGUCUGCUCUUUAUGGCCGUGCGCUGGGUGCGGUGCUUAGCACCGUUUCAAGCCCUAGCGGCUGCAGACCAACUAGUCCUUCUACGUGCUGCGUGGAAAGAUCUCUUUUUAUUGCAUUUGGCGCAGUGGUCUGCUCCGUGGGAUCUGACGCCUCUGCUUGCUGCGCCUGCCGCAAGGGCGCGUCUACCUCCUGAUCCAUUGGCAGAUUUAGAAUUAAAUACUUUGCAGGAAAUUUUAUGCCGAUUUCGCCAAAUAGCACCAGAUGGCAGCGAGUGUGGGUGCAUGAAAGCGAUCGUACUAUUUUCACCUGAUACUCCCGGGCUGGGUGAAACACAGCCAGUAGAGAUGUUGCAAGAUCAAGCUCAGUGCAUUCUUGCUGACUACGUGCGAACUAGAUAUACCAGGCAACCUACGAGGUUUGGCCGUCUUCUGCUACUACUACCGUCACUUCGUGCCGUACGUUCGCGUUCGAUCGAACUACUUCUGUUUCGCGAUACUGUGGGUGACGUAUCGGUGGCAACGCUUCUUCAUGACAUGUACCGCAUGCAACCAGCGCCUACUCCUGCGUUCCACGCGCCCUCUGUAACUACAAGUACUCACACCACGGAACACUGCUCAUCACCAUAG